CUUUGACGGUGCCUCCGCAAAGCACACAGCAUCACAAACUAGACUAAAGCAAAUAAAGCUAUGGACCAGACAGAUGGGGAGGACAAGAACCGGGAACCUCGGAAGGAAGCGGAAAAGCAAGUGAACACGAAUGAGGUGGAGAUGAAUGAGAUUGAAACAAACGAAGCAAAGACAAUAAAUAAGGUCAAGAUUAAUGAGGUGAAGAAUGAGCUGAAGAUGAAUGAUGUAAAGACAAAUGAAAUCGAGGCCAACAAGGUUCAGACAAAUGAGAUAAAUGAGGAGGACAGCAAGACCAACGAGGAGACGCCUGUAAGUGAGUCUCUGAGUAAAGACAUAAAAGCUGAUGUCCAGAUGCUGCAGGAUGAGAAUGAACAGAAUGAAAACCUGCAGACAGUCAACCAGUUGCAGAAGACACAAGCUGAACUCAAGAGCAAGGAUGAGGAGAUUGAGGAGCUCAAAAAUGAGGCCCCAGGCCAGAUCCAGGACACGGUGCAGACACAUGUCUCUCCUGACCUGAGGACUACUCGGUGUUCCCCCAUCAUGAAGCAGGGGGUUGGGAAUAACGAGGUCUAG